AUGCGAACUUGGCGCCGCAAGCGCUCUUUGGCUCUCUGGUCCACCCGCAACGACGACGAUGGCUUGAAGAGUCGCCCGGUCCCCAGCAUCUUGUCCUUUUCCUAUAUGGGCGACUUAUCGCCGGGAAGCGUGAUGUCUUUUGCUAACCCCACAGGCGAUCCCCAGCACAAGAGCCUGAGGGAUCUCCAGCGGGUGCAUGGCACGGUAUUCGCAGCGAUGGCCUCGUGGGGGCUGCAAUUUCAUCAUCCAUUCAAUAUCAAGCUCUGGCUAGCACCGAGCCCAAAGCCGGGGCCGUCUCUACCCUUCCACCUUGUUCCCGCAUCGCCCGAGAGAAUCGCCUUGUAA